UUGAGCCCCGCUCCCAGGAGCGGAUGUACGUCAACCUGACGACUGGGGAGUGUGGCUGGGAGCCCCCUCCCAACCUGAAGGUGCGCCAGUCGGACCAGAAGCAGUGGUGGGAGCUCUUCGACCAGAACAACAACCGCUUCUACUACUACAAUGCCAUCACGCAGCAGACGGUGUGGCACCGGCCCCAGGGCUGUGACAUUGUGCCCUUGGCGCAGCUCCAGGCCAUGAAGCGCAGCUCCCAGCCCGACAGCCGUGGCCGGCAGCACCGGGGCAGCACCGGCAGCGAUGGUAGAAGCACCCCCAUCCAAAUGGCCCUCCUGCAGGAGAUGGAAAAGGGCAAGGGAGACUGCGCCGCAGAGAAGAGGAAAGAUCCUGGCAGGGAGACUCCUACUCAUUGGCAGCCUGUGCCAGGCACGAAAGCAGCCAUGUUGGUCAAAGUGAACAGUUUGAGGCAGAUCCAGAGCUCUUCAAGCAGUUCGCUUCAGCUGCAGAGCGCUCCAGAGGCCAGCAGCCAAAAAUCUCUUCCAAAACCAGUCAUAUAUGCCCAGCCUCAAUCCGCGGCGCAGAGCCCUGGAGCCACAAAGCAAAUGCCUGCAGGAGAAACAAAGCAGUCUAUGCAGAUCAAAAAGACGGAGAACGGUGGGUUUUGCCUAGUGCUGAUGAAUGGUCCAACUUCGCAAACACCUCCAAGGAGCCAGACUGGAAGCCCCCAGCCUACAUCACCCAAGUAUGCCUCCCCUGCACCUAUAUACGAUGAGCCAUCUCUAGAGUCUCCAAUCUACGACGAGCCCCCAGUAGAUAUGGACACCGAAAGCGCCAGUAUGAGCGGGAUGUCACCACCAAGGUCGCCAAGCAGCAGCUUAAAAAAGCAGCUGCAGCCAACCAAAUUAUUGCAGCAUCCAGGUAUGCAACAGCAGCAAGCCGCAAGGAAGCAUGCAAGAAAUCCCUCUUCCGCUGAGUACAGCCCAGCUGGCAGAGAAUAUAUAAAACACAUGGUCAACGUUGACCAGUCUUCCAAACUCUCCCACUCUUCGGCUGCAACGGCGGAUGCCUCUGCUAAACUGCCUGGGCAGCUUUCUUCAAAGGACAGCUUCAAACAGUCUUGGAGGAUCUUGGAAGCCAACGUCCUCAAGAACAUGGAAGCCCACCACAGUCGGCAGAACAGCCUGCAAACUCAAGAAUACCCAACCGGCGUAAGCCAUCAGGAUUCUGGUUAUUCAACUGGCCCUUCUCCAAGCUUGAGAAAAAGGAAAGGGAGGAGGCAAGGGACAGCUCAAGGAAGACCUGGCUCUGUGGGCAGCAGCAGUGAGCUCACGGCUUUGAACGAUAAGCUGAUUGCUGAGAUGCGUGCGGUGGUGGGCAGGUCAGCAGCUGGCAGGGGAAGCAAAGCCAGCCUUGAUGCUGAAAGUCUGGAGAACAGCAUCCCGGCAGAGAGCAGCAAAGUCAGGUUUCAGUCUGACCACUUGAAAAAAUGCAUCAGCCGCAGCUCAAGGGACGACGUCUCGGCUAGUAAUCGAUCUCUGUACAGACAGGGCCUGGAGGGCAGGGGCACCUUUCCCAGCGAUGUGGCAGCUCCACAGGACACAGUGAGGCAGAAGAGGACUUUUGAGAAAAUAGAUUCUUUAGAAAAGAAUGUGACCAGCCAGACAAGUUUGGCUUCGUCAGACGCUACGCGCCACUCCUCCCAGCCCGGGACGAUAGAGUUGGACCCCAAGCAGGAGAGCAGCAGCCAGCCCGGCAGCUGUGCGGGGUAUCAUUUCCCUUACAACACUCUGCGGAAGCCCAUCUCUCAGAGCAGCAUGGCAGACUGGGCUUCUAAAAACCUGAACAUGCACACCCAGGGCAUCUUCCGCCGAAGGAUCUCCAUCUCCAACAUGCUGUCGUGGAACGGCGGCUCUAUCAAAAAACCAAUGCUCAUCACUAGCAACCGCACCAUCAAAAAAGAGGCGUGCGAGAUGUUCAAGCUGGUGCAGAGCUACAUGGGCGAUCGCCAGACUCGCAUGGACCGGAAUCACGUGGCCUUAGUGACGGUCACCAAGUGCUGGAGCAUGCAAGGUUUGCGGGAUGAACUCUACAUCCAGCUGAUCCGGCAGACGACAGACAACACUUGCUACCGGAGUCUGGCGUGGGGCUGGGAACUGAUGGCCAUCAGUCUGGCCUUUUUCUCCCCGUCACCCAAAUUUCAGUCUUAUCUGGAAGGUUACAUUUAUCGCCACCUUGACAGCGAUGAGAACAUUGCCCAGCGCAUCAAGGAGCUUGUGGAUCUGAAAAACAAAAAGAACUCAAAAUCCAGAAAAAAGAGGAAACAAAACACCGAGGAUGAAG